AUGGAGCCGGCGGCCACCAGCAUCCAGGUGCUGCUGCGGGCGGCCGAGUUCCUGGAGCGGCGGGAGCGCGGGGCCGCCGGCGCCUGCUCUCUGCCGGGCCCGGCCGAGGCCGAGCACGGUUACGCCUCGCUGUGCCCCGCGCGGUCCCCAGGCGGUGGCAACAGCCGGUACGGUAGGUUUCCAUCUCCGGCGGUGGGUUUCUCCCGCAGGUCAGUGCACAACGCGCUGGAGAAGCACAGGAGAGCCCGGCUCCGGUGCUGCCUGGAGCGGUUGCAGCAGCAGGUGCCCCUGGGUGCGGGGUCAUCCCGUUCCACUAUGCUGAGCCUCCUGCACCGUGCUCGGCUUCACAUCCAGAGGCUGGAGGAGCAGGAGCUGAGGGCACGGAAGGCCAAGGACCAGCUGCGGAACCAGCAGCAGAACCUGCGCCGGCGGCUGGAGCAUCUGUUCUCACCCACCAGUGGGGAGCGGCCACGGGCAGACAGCCUGGACUCAUCCCAGCUGUCAGAACCCUCAGAGGGAGGUGAGCGAGGGGAAUGGAGGAUAGAGGUGGAUGGUGUGGUGUUCGGUGGGGACUUUGGCUUCAGCACCGGGAGGGACCACAGCUACUCCAACCCCCGCGGCCCUGCAGCUUGAUGGCACCCACUGCCUUCCCUGCACUGCCUGCCUUCCUCCUCCCUGCCUGUCGCAGCCUCCACCAGCCUCAUCGUGGCUAUUGGGCAAGGGGCAAGCACCCAGCUUUGGCCCCUCCACUGGGCCCCUGGGUAGCUGGGCUGCUGAGCAGCACCGGCCAGAGUGCUGGCACGGCACUGUGGCACCUGGAAUGCACUGCAAGAGCUGAUGGAAGAGGGCCUGGCUGUCACAGGGACACCCUGCCUCCUGCUAGGCAGGCUGGGGGGCUGCCCAACACGGAUGUGGGGCAGCACCAACCCCAGCACACACAUCCCUGGAAAGCCAGGAAGGGGAAACAAGUACAUUAAGCAACCUGCCUUCAUGCUCCCGCAGCUGCCUCCCUCUUCUUUUGUACAUACUCAACACUAUCCUAGUAAAGGCACU